AAUAAAAACCGAAAAUAAACCGAUCAAAAGCAAUCGACAGGAAACCACUGGAAUGCCUCCAAUGAUGAGGUGGAAGGAAAGUAUAAGCAAAAGACGGUCCAAACCCAAAAAAAAGGUUAGAGCAAAGCCCACAAAAGGAGUAAAGACAAGAGCAUUAGAGGAAGCAGGCAGCCCCCACAUACAUUCGGUCACGUCUAGUCCCCAGCAAUACUCUCUCCGCCUCACUGAUUUUUGCACAUCCUUUCCCUCAUCCUCCCCAAUUGCCGUAGGAACUUAUCAGGAAAAGAUUGUUAGUAAUCUUAUUCACUGUCCUGCUUGCGCUACUUGUUCCUUUUUCUAUCUUGCAUUAAGUUCCUGGAUUAUGUGAAAACAGAAAAGUGCCAUUCUUCAAUGGAUUGCAAGUGGUUGUGAACUGUCUGUUUUGUGUGGAGAUAGUGUUGCUUCUUUUCAGUUGCUUAGCAACUUGCAAUGGGGAGAUCGCCCUAAUGGAAGAUUAAUAUGAUGCAUCAAAGUAAUAUGCUGCUGUAAUUGAAGAGAUCAUAAUUAAUUUUAUUUGAUACAUGAUGGGUAAGGAAAGCUUGCCUCAAGCAGUCAAUGGAGGUGUCAACAUUGAUAGUUGUUCGAAUGCUGACAGUGAUGAUUCUGGGACUUACUCACGAUGCAGUCUAGACAAAGAGGCAGGUUUGGCUACUUGUCGUGUAUGCCAGUGUGCAGAAUCUGACAAAAGGGGGGAUGCUGCUUUAGGAUUUUUGGGCAUCACUCCUCCCUUACCAGAAGCGAUUAAAAGGAAUGGAGAUGCUAAGCCUAAUAGCAAAGGACUUCAGAAAGAUAUGGAAAAUGAUGAAUGUCAUGCUAAGAGUAUUCAAAGAGAAUCCGGGUUUGUUGAGUUCAUAAGCCCUGAAGGAGAGGUUUUCAUCUGUAGUACUGAUUUAGAAAUGGGCUCAUGUCAUCAUCAGGACGCAUUAAUUGAACUUGGUUGUUCUUGCAAAAAUGAUCUUGCUCUAGUGCAUUAUGCUUGUGCUCUCAAAUGGUUUGUUAGUCAUGGAUCUACCGUUUGCGAGAUCUGUGGAAAUGCUGCAAAAAAUAUCAGAACUUCUGACUUUAAGAAAGUUGUGGUUUCUUUGAAAGAUUAUGAAGCAUUGAGAGAAAGGACUGCUAGUGGUGAUCCCAAUCCUGCCCAAGUUCAUACAAGUUCAGGUGUAGACCCAGAUGCUGUUGCUGCUAUUAGGAGGCAACGGCUAAGUGAGAUUUCAUUGUGGUUCAGUCCACAUAGCAAUAAUAACAAUAAUAAUAGUUCUGCUGCAGUUUCACAGGUUAUUUCCGAACAACCCCUGAAUACUGUCACUGAAGAAGUUGCUUCCACUGAAAAUCCUGCAACCAAAUGGGCUGUGGAAGGUACUGGGAUUCUUCUUGCUACGGGUCUACUUACUGUCACGCUUGCAUGGCUCAUUGCUCCUCGUGUUGGAAAGAAAACGGCUAGGAGUGGUCUUCAUAUUCUCCUGGGAGGCAUUUGUGCUUUAACAGUUGUGGUCUUCUUUCGCUUUAUUGUGCUGACUAGGAUUAAGUAUGGACCAGCACGCUACUGGGCUAUCUUGUUUGUCUUCUGGUUUCUUGUCUUUGGUAUAUGGGCCUCAAGAACACAUGGUUCUCAUACAACAUGAUUUAUUGAUAUAUAAAUUCACUCUAAUAUUUUUUUUUCUGCCAAAUAGUAAAUGUUGAAAAAAAUGGGAUUUUACGGGACUCCAUUUGAUAAUUCAUGCCUUUUGGCGGUUUGCAUUUAUGCAAUGAGCUGUGGUUUUUCAUUGUAUAGAAUGAUGUUAGCCUAAUUGGACUUUAAAGGUGAUGUGAUUCUUUUCAGUUUAACAUUUUUAAUUCACAAUCAUGCCAUUCUAACUCAAGUGACUUAAGUGAAAGUUUUACAGUCUUGUUUCAUAGCUUGGAUAGAGAAUGAGCAAGGGAACUGGAAAGGGGAGGUGGUGGAAGGGAAGGCUAUGUGCCGGCAUGUGAAUGUUUUGAGUUAGUGGGUGCAGGCAUAGCUCUUUGGAGUAUUUCCAAUUAUAAUCCUGAUUGCUGAAUGGUUAAUGGAAGUUAGUUCAUUAUCCAUUCAUCUUAAUAUAAAUAUGCCUGGUAUGCCUAGCAUUGCUGCUUGCUGUUACUCUUGCUUGGCACUGGCCCAACUUUCUUUUUUAAGUACAAAAGAAAUCACAGUCUGAGGAUAGGAGAAGGGUUGCAAGUGUUAAAAUUUGAAUUUCAGAUCACUUUACAUGAAUCAAUUAAACUAGGUUAUGGGUUCAGUUUUAUUAUUUUGUUACCUGGUGGAAGUGGAAACUUGUUUUUGUUUUAGGUCACAUAAAUUUUUAUAGGUUACCAGAAGGGAGACGAAGACAAUCUGAGUUUAUUGGUUACUGACUGACUGUUGAAAAGGUCUGCGAUACAUUUUCAAUGGCUCUUUGCAAGGUGAAACCUGGGAAACAAACAGCAAUUCACGUGUUAACUGGAUAAUUGCUUUUUGUUCAAUCAAG